GGGCCUAGGGGGUGGGGCUUGUACUGGCCCCGCCCUCCAACUGGGCUGUGCCGCCGCCGCUGCGGCUCCGCCCUGCUCCUUCCGUUCUCCGCUUCUUCCGUCGGUCGUUUCUUCCUUCCUGCUUAGCCCGCACGUUUCGCGGUAUGGGGCAGAGCCUUCGGUCCGCCAGCACCACCUGAGGAUCCUGGAAACCACCCCCGCAAUGGAAGAGGACCAGGAGCUGGAGAGAAAAAUAUCUGGAUUGAAGACCUCAAUGGCUGAAGGCGAGAGGAAGACAGCCCUGGAAAUGGUCCAGGCAGCUGGACCAGAUAGACACUGUGUGACAUUUGUGUUGCACGGGGAGGACCAUACCCUAGGAAAUGCUCUGCGCUACAUGAUCAUGAAGAACCCGGAAGUGGAGUUUUGUGGUUACACUACGACCCAUCCUUCAGAGAGCAAAAUUAAUUUGCGCAUUCAGACUCGAGGCGCCCUUCCAGCUGUUGAGCCAUUUCAGAAAGGCCUGAAUGAGCUCAUGAAUGUCUGCCAACAUGUGCUUGACAAGUUUGAGGCCAGCGUAAAGGACUAUAAGGAUCAAAAACCAAGCAGAAAUGAGUCCACAUUCUAGGCCCUUAUACAGGGUACACGGAGGACUAUCCCCAUGAUCCUGCAGAACCCAGCAUUAAAAGUUUAUGAUUACCGCAUGCUCUGUCCUUCAGAAACAGUGCUUCUAGCUGUUGACUUAUUACAGCUGUUGGAGUUCCUGAAAGAACCUGUGUAUUUGCCUAAUAAAUUCCCUCUUUUAUGUAAACUA